AUUAACCUCGUUUACCUAACCUAACUCGAUUAACCAUAAAAAUUUCCUUCCAAAAACGAAAAAAAAAACAAAAACCGAAAAUGUAUUACAAAUUUUUGAACAAUCACGGAUACAAGAUUUUAUCAUUGAGGAAACAUGUCCGGUCCACCAAAUACAUGUCCAGCUUUGCUAAACUUGCGGAACACAAAGACCUGAGCAAAAUAAGAAACAUUGGUAUAUCCGCUCACAUUGAUUCAGGAAAGACCACGUUAACAGAACGUAUUCUAUUUUACACUGGGCGAAUAGAUGAAAUGCAUGAAGUCAGAGGUAAAGACAAUGUUGGAGCUACUAUGGACUCAAUGGAACUUGAAAGACAAAGAGGUAUCACGAUUCAGUCAGCUGCUACUUAUACGAUAUGGAAGGAGCAUAAUAUUAAUAUAAUUGAUACCCCAGGUGUUCUCCAUCAACAUUGUCUUUUUUCAGGCCAUGUGGACUUUACUGUAGAGGUAGAAAGAGCUUUGAGGGUUCUAGAUGGUGCUGUUCUAGUUUUAUGUGCUGUGGGGGGAGUGCAAAGUCAGUCAUUAACAGUAAACAGGCAAAUGAAAAGGUACAAUGUACCUUGUCUAGCCUUUAUAAAUAAACUAGAUAGGAUGGGUGCUAAUCCUCAGAGGGUUAUAUCACAAAUGAGAUCUAAAAUGAACCAUCAUGCAGCAUUCAUCCAGCUUCCAAUUGGUCUGGAGUCCAAUUGCAAAGGAAUUGUAGACUUGGUCUCUCAAAAAGCCAUCUAUUUUGAAGGGGACCAUGGUGAGGCACUUCGAGUUGAUGAAAUUCCACAAAACAUGAGAACAGAAAGUGAUGCGAGCAGGCAUGAACUCAUAGAACAUCUUUCAAAUGCUGAUGAGACAUUUGGAAAUUUAUAUUUGGAGGAAAAACCUUUUACAGAGAAUGACGUCAAAGCAGCUAUCAGACGAACCUGUUUAAAGCGCGAAUUUACCCCAGUUUUAGUAGGAACAGCUUUAAAAAAUAAAGGAGUCCAGCCACUAUUAAAUGCUGUAUUGGACUAUCUUCCCAACCCAGGAGAAGUAGAGAACUUUGGCCUGAAAGAAAAAGAAGGGCAAGAACCGGAAAAAGUACUGUUGGAUCCAGCAAGAAAUGGAGAUAAACCAUUUGUAGCACUAGCUUUCAAGUUAGAGGCUGGGAGGUUUGGGCAACUUACUUAUAUGCGUUGUUAUCAGGGAAUGUUACAGAAAGGAGAGAAUAUCUACAACGUUCGCACCAGCCGCAAGGUGCGCAUCGCCCGUUUAGUGCGCAUGCACUCAAACAACAUGGAGGACGUCAACGAAGUGUACGCUGGUGACAUUUUCGCGCUAUUCGGGGUGGAUUGCGCCAGCGGCGACACGUUCGUCAACGAUCCGAAAACCAACAUCUCACUGGAAUCCAUCUACGUACCCGACCCAGUCGUCUCGAUGUCUAUAAGCCCUGUCAACUCCAAGGAUAGAGAUAACUUCUCCAAAGCGAUAGCCCGGUUCACCAAGGAGGACCCUACUUUCCAUUUCUACUUUGAUACUGAUAUCAAAGAGACCAUCGUAUCCGGAAUGGGUGAACUUCACCUUGAAAUUUACGCGCAGCGUAUGGAGAGGGAGUAUGGAUGUCCAGUAAAACUAGGAAAACCAAAAGUAGCUUUCCGUGAAACUCUCGUCGCUCCUUGUGAAUUUGACUACCUACAUAAGAAGCAAUCUGGUGGUCAGGGGCAAUAUGCUAAGGUUAUAGGGGUGCUAGAACCGUUACCGCCCAACAAAAACACAGUCCUAGAAUUCGUCGACGAAACAGUUGGUACAAACGUUCCAAAACAGUUUAUACCCGGUGUACGCCGUGGCUUCUUAGAGAUGGCCGAAAAAGGUCUGUUGGCCGGUCAGAAGCUAUCCGGAUUGAAGUUCAGGCUGUUAGAUGGCGCUCAUCACAUGGUAGAUUCCAGUGAGCUCGCUUUCUAUCUGGCUGCCCAAGGUGCUAUCAAGCAAGUGUUUGAAAGGGGUGUCUGGCAGAUCAUCGAACCUGUCAUGGCUGUCGAGGUGACAGCUCCCGACGAGUUCCAGGGUGCAGUGAUGGCACAGUUGAACAAACGUCAUGGAAUCAUCACUGGCACUGAAGGUACAGAGGGAUGGUUCACAGUACACGCUGAAGUACCUCUGAAUGAGAUGUUUGGAUAUGCUGGUGAAUUGAGAUCCAGCACUCAAGGCAAAGGCGAAUUUACAAUGGAAUACAGCAGGUAUUCACCCACUCUGCCUGAAGUCCAAGACAUGCUUAUGUUGGCAUACCAACAAUCUAUGGGCAUAGUUACAGACAAGGACAAAAAGAAGAAGAGGAAUUAAUGAUUAUAUUUGUAAAUAUUUAUUUGUAUAUAGGCUUUGAUAUUAAAUGAAUUGUUUUUAC